AUGUUCCAGACGUCAUUGUUUAUUAAAAACAUAAUCGCUUGUAUUGAUUUUUCGCUUUUCGCACAGUGAUCUGGUUUUCUCGUUUAAAAUCAAUUAGUUUCCAUUUUAAACACUUCAAUUGCAAUUACAAAAAUGAGUGCAAUAGCGCAACAGGAAAGUUUCAUUAAGGAGAGUUUAUUUCAUUUUAUUGAGAAGAAUGUACCAGCAGCCAAUCUUACUGUUAUUGAUGAAAUAGUCCUAUCCUAUGUAACUUCAAUUUUAGAAAUAGCAUCCCAGGAUUCCUGCUUUGAUGUUGAUGGUUUCAUGGAGUUCAUGGCGGGAUAUAUUCCUGGCUUCGAAAACAUCAACCAAGAAAUGGUGUACGCGUGGGUGGUGCAGCUGGAGGCGGAGAUAUCCAGACGCGACGAGAGCGAUAGCAAUUCCACUCAAGACGAUUCCGCUGGCAGCGACAAAAUCAGCCUGACUCUACUGAAUCUCAGCGAUAUGCUGCCACCAAGCACUAAGAAUAAUCGCUCUCAUUCAAACUCGGAGAGCUCGGAGGGCGCUGAGCGUCGGCCGACGGUCGACACGGAGGAGUACGCGGAGCAGUGCCGCGCCCUCGCCGAGAUGUUCCCAAACACUUGCGCCAUGGAGAUAAAGCACUGCGUGUCCAUCGCUUGCGGCGACCCGGAGAGGGCGGCUGCGACGCUGUUACACCGCCGCGAGCAGGGGCAGUCUCUGUCCGCGGCCGCGCUGCACACCGCCGCGAAGCAGCCGCUGUGCGAUGAUCACGAGAUCAAGAAUAGGAUUAUCGCUCGCUACUCGUACGUGGACAAGGAUUCAGAGACAAAAGAGCACAAGCCGCUUGCCCCGAAAAUCGAGCCCAAGAAAAUGGUCCGCUACAGGGACAACAAGAUUGUGUCCCUCAAGGGGGAGCGGUAUACUGAGGUGCCCAAGUCCGGCAUCGACGAGGAACAUUUAAAGAAGCCCAAAAAACAGCAUUGCCCUUAACCUUUAAAAUCACGUCAGUACGGUGAAAAAGCGGAUGCGUGCCGCAUUACCGCGAACCUCCUCUCCUAUUGUCCAUUAACCCCCAAUCCCGCCCGCCCCGGACGCGUGACCGUGACGCGGCCGCGCGACACGCGCGUGACGGUUGCGCCGCGUGACAGCGCGAAACGCACAAACGUGACAAGAUUGCGCACAAAACUCAAUUUAUGCGUCGUUUUGACGCAGCUGUGCGUGUUUCUGCUUAGACGCGAUACGGAGAUUCGCGUGACGCGUUUCGACAAUUACGGAUUCGGUUCGGCGAGCUUCGUCGACGAAACGGUGUGUGCUGUCGGCGGCGUCGCGCGCACGUUACGCGUUACGCGCCGCCGCGUCACUUUUACGCGUCGCCUUCUGUGUCUGCGUGCGGGGCGUAUAUGUCGUGUAUGUGUUAGUGUAGUUACCGCGCGUGCAUCGCACUUUUUUUACGCGGCGUUUAUUUUAUCCGCUUUUUCAAGUACUGAUUAUUUGUCGCGUUACGUUCGACGUCGGUUUACACGACUUAAUUUAAGCGAUACGUUUUUUUAUUUAAUUCGCGUGUUUAAUUUUAAGCUCUCUGUUAAGCAGCGUGUAUUCAGUAUUAUUUACACUAGCAAUACUAUGGCAUCCGCUUUUGAUAUGGAGCGUAUAUGUGUUCAAAACGAUAGGGGAAAUGUAGUUAACAAAUUUUUGGGAUGUUUGCAUAAGAGUGAUGCCAUAGAUAAUGAAAAAUAUUACUUAUCUGCGGUCGGGGGUGCGCUAAAAUGCCGUCCGAAUACAUGCGCAUAUUGCGCAGCGUUUCCACGGCAUUUUAGCGGCGCUCCCGCCAAAUUUGUAUUCCUUAUAGUUUUAAGCAUAGAGAUCUUUCUCAAACCUGUGAUUUUUAAAUAUUAUUUAAUUAUAAAUGUGAUUUUUAUGAUAGUUUUAUCGUUUUUACACUCAUCUGUGAUUCUGAUGCCAUUGUAUAUUAUAGUCAACCCUUUAAGUGGUUAUGUUUUUAGUUGUACACGUUAUGUCGUGUUUGGCGAUUUGUUUAGUGUGCCGAUUUGGCGCAAUUUAUGAUUGAAAUACUAUUUAGCUUUAAAUAUGUGUUAGUGAUUUUUAAAUUUCGAAACAAGAACCGUUCCAUAUUCAAAUGCGUCGACUGUUUGUUGCCAUCGUUAAAAAAUAGAUGCGUUUCGCUUGAUGACUAUAAAAUAAAAUUGAUAUUGCUUUGUUAUUUUAUGAACAAGAGUCUUAUGUAUAUUUGGGAUAAAAAUGUAAUUUUGUAGUAUUUAAGGACAGUUAGCAUCAAGGGGAACGCAAACAAAAUUUAAAUAGACUUUGUAACAGGGUUGUAAUAAUGCGGUCCAACUUAAUCCUGUAUGACAUAGAUAGAUAUAUAAUUAUGGUUUUAGAUAGGUUUCAAUUGUUUUCUAUACGAUAUGUAUAGAUGAAUCUGUUUUUCAACCAAAUCACUAACACAUAUCGUAACAAAUUUGACGAUCGAAUAGACUGACGUCGCUUACUCAUCCAAUGAGUAAUGAUUAUUUAUUUUAACGCUUAAAUUGUAUUUUUAAUUUUUUUUUUUUUUGUUUUUUUUUCGUUUACAUAUCGAACCCAAA